UUCUACGAUUUCCGCAUACGAACAAUUUUGAUUUUUCAUAACUUGCAAACUGUAAUUCAGCUAAACUGGCAAUUAUUUUACUGUGUUUAUAGUUGCUUUUUGCGGAGAUAUGUAGGAAUAUUUGAUGCAGUGUAACGUUUUGGAUGCUUCCAAAACUUGAAACGUGGGAGCGGGGCUGUAACUCCGCGCACUGGUAGACUAUCUACGCGUAGCUCCCGAUCGCGCCACUCCUGACUCCUGCAAGGUUUUUGCAACUGCAGAAUCAUGUUGUCUGCCAAAAUUCCACCCGAUGUGCCACUUUAUGCUGAUUCUAGUCCCACUGGAUCUCCUUACGAUGUGAUUACGGAAACAGAGCAAGCUGGCAGGACCGUUUUGGAUGCAAUCCAUGGAGAGAUCGCGGUGCACCCGUUGCUGUGGAAAAUUAUCGAUACAGAGGCAUUUCAGCGCCUACGAUAUAUUCGGAUGCUGGGACCGGCAUAUUUUGUUUUUCCUGGAGGAAAUCAUACUCGCUUCGAACACUGCAUUGGUGUGGCUUUUCUUGCCGGCGAAUUUGUGACAUCCCUACGUUUACGGCAGCCGGAGUUGAAGAUUACGAAGCAGGAUGCUCUGGCAGUAAUGAUUGCUGGCAUGUGCCAUGAUUUAGGUCAUGGUCCUUUAUCUCACACUUUUGAGCUUUUUAUGGAUGAAGUAGCGGGUGAUAGAAAGUGGAAGCACGAGGAAGCGUCCCUUGGAAUGUUCCGUUACUUGUUGGAAAUCAAUGAUUUAAAGCCCAUCUUCAAGGAAUACGGAUUGUACGACAUUGAUAUUAUGUUCAUUGAAGAACUAAUUGUCGGUGAGCGCCACGUCGCUCGACCUGCUGAGAAGGCAUUCUUAUAUGAAAUUGUUGCCAAUAAGCGAAAUGGAAUUGACGUCGAUCGAUGGGAUUAUUUUCUGCGGGAUUGUCACCACACAAACGUCAAAAUGGGCUUUGAGAACUACCAGCGUUUCAUCCGCGGUUGUCGCGCCAUUUGUUUUCAAGGAGAAUGGCAGAUAUGUUUUCGGGAUAAGCUGGUGUCGAAUGUCAAAAGCAUCUUCCACACACGAUGCGAGCUGCAUCGCAUUCUAUACCAGCAGAAGACCACUCGCUUGAUUGAACAGAUGGUAAUUGACGCAUUAACGGCUGCGGAUUCGUACUUGAAAUUUUCCGGAGAUGACGGAAAACUGCGAAAAUUAUCGGAUACUGUGGAUAACAUGGCUGCUUAUUUGAAAGCUGACGAUACUGUCGUUAAUAUGAUUCGAAGCAGUGAUAUACCAGAACUGGAGUCGUCCAGACGUUUGCUCAGACGAAUUUUUGCACGAGAUCUGUAUCGGUAUGUUGGCCGAUCGGCUUCAACAGAACGGUUGGAUUUUGAAAAGACGGCCUUGAAAAUGGAGCUUGCCCGUGCGGCCACCGCAGAAGUUGGCAGAGACGUGAACGUUUCCGAUAUCAUUAUUAUUCGAACUCUGUUCGACUACGGUAUGAAGAAUGCAAACCCAUUUAGCCGUAUCGGAUUUUUCUCGAAAACUUCGCAGAAUCAGGCAAAAAUCCUGGAAGGCGCAGAGAUUACAACCAUGCUGCCUGCAAAUUGGCAGGAGACAGCUAUCCACGUGUAUUACACAAAGAACGAUGUUGCUGCUGUUGAUGCUUUAAAGCAUGCUUUCCACUCAUGGCUGGAAGAAAGAAACAUCCCUUGGAAGACUCGGAGUGAAUCUGUUGAUGAACUGGAGAAGCCGGUCGGUUUGGAUGGAUUACCUGACACUGUUGGCGCCGAAAAUUAUCGAGCAUUGAGGGCUUGUCUGGAACGCGCAUAUAAAGAGCUGCCGCAAAAAGACGAUACUAUGAGAACGAUCGAAGAUGUCCUUCGACGGCUUGACCAGCACGAAGCCAAUAAAAAUCGGAUUGUCCCGGGGAAAUCGUCGGAAUGACGUUGACGAUUCAGACCAUUUCGGCUUCGUUUUUCAUGUAUUUUUUCUUGUAUUGUCAGAUCUCAGACCCCAGAUGAUAUAUCCGGUAGCACUAAAUUGGAGAUUUAAGUACAUGGAAGUCAGUUAUGUAUCCAGUUGAACGAUUUCUGUGCUUUAGCAGCAGUUAUUGUCGUUUACCGGCUCCGAAAUGUAAUCCACGGCAGCAGAAAAGUCUUUCGUAUACAGAAUACGUAUUUUAGUACAGAUGUUCUAUGUUAUUUGUUGAAAGUUACAAAAUUAUUGAAAUAGCCUUAAAAGAAAAUAAAAGAUCA